CGUUUUGACUGAAAAAUAAAAAUUAGCGCCAAGAGGAAGAAGACGAAUUGCAGUGACCAGGAAAAAUGGUUUCAGCCAUAGUUGCUUCUUCUUCUUCCUCAUCUUCAUGGCCUCUUCGUCAUGCUCUCUUCUUCCAUCCCUAUUGCCACAACAACAACCUGUUUUCGUCAAAACCAUCAUCAUCCAAACAAGUCUCUGCAUUGCGUCCCAAUCUCAGCACUACCCACAUUCGCUUGCGUUCUUCUCAAACGCUUCACCUCUUCAUCUCUUCACGUAAAUCCAAAACCAAGCUCCAAGCACACCAAAGGGAUUUUGGACCGGAUUGGCCUAUUCUUCGCAGAUGGGAAGUGCCUUGGCAAUGGCAAACAUUUUCACUAACAUCUAUUGCUUGUGCAUUAAGUUUGGUGUUGACAGUUUGGCUUGAGGUAAAUGCUCUACAAUCUCUAGAGGCUGAAGGUGAUGAACUCAGUUCAGAUGAGGAGGCAGUGAUUUUUCUUGUCAAUCAUGGCUUCGCAACUGCCAUUGUACUUCAAGUUCUUUAUGGCAUUACCAACAUGUACCAGCCACUCCCACAAGACUUCUUCAAAUAUGAUUGGAGGGAGCCUUUCAAUCUUCAGAAGGGGUGGCUUUUGUGGGGAGGAGUAGGACUUGCUGGUGCCCUGAUUGCCAUUGCAUUGCCAGGUGCUGCCAUGUCCUUCUUCAAUGAGGAAAGUCAGGAAACCUCAACAAGAAAGACGGACACCCUUGUUCGUUUGCUUCCGGUUGGAUCUUCAUAUGUCAGAACUGCUUGCGUGCUGGCCAGCACGGGUCUUCUUGCUCCACUUCUUGAGGAGACUGUAUUUCGAGGCUUUGUUAUGGCUUCCUUGACUAAGUGGGUUCCUACACCAGUUGCUGUCCUCAUUAGUGCUGCGGUGUUUUCUCUCUGCCACUUCACUCCUGGAGUAUUUCCAUGGCUGUUUGUUUUAGGGACUUUUUUGGGGAUUUCAUAUGCUCAAACUCGCAACCUCCUCACUCCAAUCACUAUUCAUGCUUUCUGGAACAUAGGACUUUUAGUUCUGACUUUGCUCCAGUGGUAAAAUGCUUCUCCUGCUGUCUGUUUGUAAAUAGCUUCAGUGACACAUAUCAAAUAAUUGUUGCAGAACUUGAUGGGAACAUAUUCCCUCCUCUAGUCAAAUCCAAGUCAUGUACAGAUCCAUUUCAUUAAAUAACUCUGCUUACUUUCCCUUUUGUAAAUAUAGUCAGAAUAUUAGAUCACUGUUAAAGACGGUAAUGAAUUAGAAACUGAUUAUUUGAUCAUGGCAAGUGAAAUAUGCAAUGAAAUUUGACAUCUCAAGCAGAACCUGAUCUAGUACAAGUUACACUUCUAGUCCAAAACUAGGACAUGGGAGCAUCUGGAUUUUUUGUAAGGUGUACGAACACCACAACACUUGUAACUCGGCCUUAAAGCCAGCUGCUUCAUGUUGAAUGAUGCGUAUCAUAAUUGACUGGUCGUGUGACCUUAAAGCCAGCUGCUUCAUAUUUUGUUCCUCAAUUCAAUAUAAAUCAAACUUUAAAACCUUGUUGUGUGAUGAAUUCUUGACAGUUCGGACACUAGAGUCAAACACACUAGAUACUCAUCUUUUUUCCAUGUUAGAGAUUUUUUUGUUUGAAAGAUAAGGAUCUCUUUAAAACAUGAUAGUUGGUAGCAGUGGAGGUGAGUUAUGAUCUUAGACAAAUUUUAUUUGUGAUAUAGGGAUUUGAAUCCUAGAGAUGUAAUUUUAAAGAGGGAUGAUGGCUUUACCUAUAUUAACUUGUGGUUACAGAGUUUAGUUUCAUAACUGUCCUGGAAAAUGAUAGUAUCAUGUUAUGGUUAACAUAAAUUACCUUUCAUGCAAGUAAUCUCUGGUUUACAGAAAGUACAAUUUAUCUCAGGAAUAGUGAGGGGCAUCAA